AUGAUCCUCUUGAUGGGAGCUGGUCGUGGACGAGUACGAGGCCUUGGCAGAAUGAUGAGAGAGCACAAGGCAAGGCUCUACAUCAUCCGGCGAUGCAUCGUCAUGCUUCUUUGUCACCACGACUGA